GAAAACACAGUGACAAUUGGAACCUGGAGGCGAGGGAGAGACUCGGGGCCUCAGUCGCAUGGGUCCCUCCCCAACUCAGACUCACAGGAGCACUGUAAUGACCAGGACCCUCCAAAGAGGCAUCACAGCAACACUAAGGUCAUCCCCACCCGGGAAACCCCUUCCUGCCGUACCGCUAUCCACCUCUGCAGGCCUUAGGGAGGGAGCUGUGGGGGCAGAGUCCUCCUCGAGACCCCUCACACCCUCUGUCUUCAGCACCCCGAACAGCGCCCAGUGCUCAGCAGGCCUGCACUAAAAAUGUUUUGAAUUGUGUGUCUUAAUGAGGUCCUGUCUGUGAUUGUCUCUGGUUGUGACUGCCUGUGUGUCUGUGGUUGUGUGUCUGAGAUGGGCAUGAGUGCAUGCCCUGGGUCUUAUGACUUAGUGUGCACGGCUGUGUCUGAGGCUGCGAGUCUGUGGUCAUGUUUUGAUGCCAUGUGUGGUUGUGCGUCAGUGGCUACUGGUGCUCCUUGCAGACAUUGUUGAUGCCCCUAAGGAGGAGGGCCAUUACCUGAGCACGACCAGAGACAUGGCUCUGAAUGCACAUGCUCUCAGGGGCAGCCCAUGGGCCUGCCACACAAAUGCACUUCUGAGCGUGUUCAGGCUGGGGCAGAGGUGGGGGUGGGGAUGGCGGUGGGGUGCAUGCAUAUGCCUGGAGGCAGCUUUGCCUGCACUUGGGGGUCUAGGACACCCAGAACUCAGCAGACCCAAAUCAUGUCUGGCCCCCACACACUGGGUUGGAGUGAGCAAGGAGGCAGACCAGGGAUAAAUUAUUACUGCUCUCAUGCCCACCUUUCAUAGAAGCCCUUGGAGACCAGCUCUUCCAAAACCAAAGUUAAGUCCACCGUGAUGAUUCCCAAAUCCCAGAAGCUUCUGAGAUGUGAACUGGAGUCACUCAGGUGUCAGCUACAGGCCCAGACCAAGGCUUUCGAGUUCCUAAACCACCCAGUGACCAUGUUGGAGAAGGAGAGCUGCCUGCAGCAAAUCAAGAUCCAACAGCUUGAAGAGGUGUUGGGCCCCACGAGCCACCAGGCAGACAAGGAGAGACACAAGUGGGACGUGGAGGAGGGACAGCAGGAGCUAUAUGAGGCCCUGGCUAAAGGCCUGCAGGGGCUGCAGAAGACCCUGCAUGACGAGGAGGUGCAGCGGGCCUGUACCACCCGCUGUCUACAGCUGUUGGCGCAGGAGAUCCGAGACAGGCCCUCCCCCCGCGAGGCCGGGGUCGCCGGUCCCCACCCUCCCCUGCGCCCCGGGCUCCUGUCCCUGCUGGACCGAGACCCCCGAAGUCGGGAGGCAGGGGGUCCCCGGUUCCAAGGCAAACAGCGCCACCGCUAG